CCAGGCCGCCCGCAGACCCUCUACCGUCAGAAUUUAUGAGGCCACUUGGAGGGCUUUUGUUUCGUGGUGUUCAUCGGUUCCUAUUUCACCUACUUCGGCUUCCAUUAUUCACGUGCUGAUGUUCCUUCAAUCGGGCCUUCGCAAAGGACUUAGACCCAACACGCUACGUCGACAACUGGCCGCCAUUGCUUCCGUCUUGUCCUGCGGUUCGAAGGAUCCCAUUUCUCGUCAUCCAAUCAUCACAACCUUCCUACGGGGAGCUACAAAUCUACGCCCUCCAACCGUUCAUCGGUUUCCAACGUGGAACUUGAAUAAAGUCCUAAAGGCGCUCAUGUCACCUCCCUUCGAGCCUCUUCGAUCCGUCUCACUGCGUUUCCUUUCGUUGAAAGUGGCAUUCUUAGUGGCUAUCACUUCUUCCCGCAGAAUUUCAGAACUGGCAGCAUUAUCUGUCCGGUCGGACCUUUGUAUUUUCCAUGCCGAUAGGGUGGUUCUCCGGCUGGAUCCCGCCUUCGUGCCCAAAGUAAACUCGACCUUUCACAGGGCACAGGAGCUCGUGCUCCCGGACUUUUGCCCUCGCCCUUCCCAUCAACUGGAGAGGGCUUGGCACACGCUGGACGUCCGCCGGGCGUUGAAGAUUUAUAUCACCCGGACGUCCUUACACCGAAAGACGGAGGCUCUGUUUGUUGCCUUUCACCCCUCAGCCCUGGGAGUACGGGUAUCUAGUGUGACUUUAGGUCGUUGGAUCAGAGCCGCUAUCGCCUUAGCUUACCGGCAUUCGAAUUCUCCUCUGCCGCAUCCCAUCACAGCUCAUUCAACGAGGAGCGCCUCAACAUCGGCCGCCUGGUCUACUCAGGCUCCCCUCGAAGAAGUUUGCCGUGCAGCCACAUGGACAACCAUCAGUCCCUUCGUCAGGCAUUACAGAGUGGAUUCAUUUGCUUCCGCUGACGCUGCAUUCGGCAGAAGGGUUCUACAGUCGGUUCACCUUCCUUGAGGACCACCGGACCAUUUUUCUUCCCUCCCUGGUGACAUCUGGCUUUGGAGGACACGGAGCACGAGUCCAUCGCUUCGCCUCAUCGAAGAACUGGGGCUCCUUCGGAGGGCGGAGUUUUGUCUUUGGAAAGUGCUCGGUCAUUGGCUAGACGGGACG